AGAGGCGAAGGAGCGCGGCCACCGCCCGGCGGCGCCCGCCGCCCGCGCCCCGGGCGCUCUGCACUGCGUCCAGUGCGACGUGGCCAACGAGCAGGACGUCCUCGCCGCCUUCAAGUGGGUCAAGGACACGUUGGGCGCUGUGCACAUCCUCGUCAACAACGCCGGCGUCGGAGGGCCGCACAGCCUCGCAGGUGCUUCCAACUCUGGCUCUGAUGAAUGGAAGAGAAUUUUGAACGUGAACGUUUUGGGCCUCAGCAUCGGAACUCGCGAGGCAGUGAAGCUGAUGAAAGAGAAAGGAGUCGACGAUGGACACAUUGUUCACAUUGGGAGCGUGGCCGGCCACAUGAAUCCCUUAGGCUCGGGCGAGCAGUCCAUGUACUUCGCCUCCAAGCACGCCGUGCGCGUGCUGACGGAGGGGUUGCGGAAGGAGCUGGUGGCCGCCAAGUCACGCAUCAGAGUCACGAUACAUGAAGUCAUCAUCAAGCCCGUAGGAGAGCCAUUUUAGGAUAAUGUAUAAUUAAUCAUCUGAAAGUUCCUACUAAAAGUAAUGUAGGGUCAGAAACAAUAAAAUUAUUAAAUGUUCAUAAUUGGGAGUGGGAAAUACUUGAAAUCAAGUUAACAUUAUUGAGAUAUAUUUAAAGAAUAUUUAUUUUUCUAAUAAGAACAUUAUUCAAAGUUCAAAAGAAUAUGUGUUCUUGAAAACAAAAAACAAACAAAAAUCAAUCACUUGAAUUAGAACAAGUGAACUGCUCUUGUGAGACCCUAUUAUAAAAUUGAUUGAUUUGGUCCUGAAAUUUAUCUUGUUACAAUUAGUACAUACAAGUUUAUAUUACUGGUUUAUCUAAACUGAAUGGUUGUUACAAAUAUUUUUUAUGACUUGAUUAAAAUAGUUAUAAAAUCAUUCCUG